AUGUGUCCGGCGCAACAAUCUCCGGAGCUCGCGACCUCCAACUCGACCGCUAAUCGAUUUUUGGGAACUGCGCAAAAGCCAUGGAUGACAAAUGGCACUUUCAAGCCAAUGCAGUCUCCCAAAAGGCCAGCGGUGGCUACGUCGCAUGUGGCCGUCACGGCGACGCUGCCGUCACGGCCUUGCGCCAUGCCCUCAUACUUUUCCGAAACACCCUCUUGUGUUCCCAUGACUGGCUAUGUGUCUGCGCCAUUCGAUCCCGUCCAACACCGCAUGCCGGAGUCUGUUGAGGGUGGCCCUGCAGCUGUUUCGAAUGUUGGGCUGGCUCCAGUGUCACCGGUCACGCCUGGAGCCUAUCCAUCGGCACCACUACCGAGUAGACUGCACGCUCCGCACGGUGAACAGUCUGGUCCAUCUCCCACUCUUCCGUCUCCCGAGCCCAGCACUGAUCUUCAUAUCAACCAAACAGCAACGACUGAAGCCGAUCGCGCAGGCGGCCCACCGACCGUCGCUCCUGCCGCGUCUGCACUUGCCAGAGCGCAGUCGGCUUCCGGCGAAGGCGCGCCGGCCACAGAAGGCUACAACAACAACAGCAGCAGCAGAAGCAGCAAUAAUAAUCUCUCAUCUGCACCUUAUCCAUCGCCCACCCCUGUCUCGACGCCCCUCGACAUUCAGUCGCUUUGGAAACAUGCCAGAGGCAGGUUAAGAGUCCUGCUGGACAAGUCCAAUCGUCAAAUCAGCCUAUCCGAGACGGUCGAACUGCCGCGCGUGCGCAUCUUGCAAGACGCAUGUGUCACUGAAGACCUGUUCUACUUAGCCCUGCACCAAGUCUACUGCAUACACUCAUAUGCCCCGUCGCAGCUCCAGCCUCUUUCUCAGUAUGGCCUUACCUCAGAUGUCGGUCUCCAUGUAAUCAAACAGCUGCUAGUGGACAACCAGAGGUUGUCAGGAGAUUUUCUCAAGUGGUGUGUCACCUUCCCUUGGCCGCUCUCAUCUCUGCUGGAAGUGGAAGCGUAUCGAUCAAUCCUCGCCCAAGUGGCAUAUUGUUUGUCAGUCAUUUCGAAACAUUGGGUUAGUUUUGAACACAGCUUGCGCGCUCGUGGUUUUCCACCACAGGUAGAAGAAUUCGUAGAUCGGUUAGGCGUCAGGUCCAGCGUUUUGCAAACCAUCAUGUUCACUGCACUAUCGCGCCGUUUAUUUGGAUCUCGAGAACAAUUAUUGAAGGAUUGCAUCGCCAUUUUUGAGCGAGAUCAAGCAAGUUACAAGAGGCGCGGCACUUGGCACAGUCGUGACGACAAACAAAGAGAAACAUCCUCCUUUAAAGAGCAAUAUCAAAGGGCGUGCAUCGCCCAUGGUGUGUUGAGGAAAUCCUCCAGCAAUCAACACCAGGCGAAAACAAUAUCGUCGUCGUCACCGCAUGUUCCAAUGAACAUCACUUUAGCAGGACCAACACCAGCAGCGACAGGGCCUUCGACAACACGGGCAUCUCCAGCACAGUCGCCAGCCACGGUUGCAAACGGCCACCACCCCAUGUCAAACUCGCCGACAGUGCCGCCACCACAACAACAAGGACCUUCACCCACACACGCCUUUUAUCCACCACCAUCCCAUCAUACUUUACCUUCUCAAGCUAGCCCGCUUCCUUCAAGGCCUGUGCCAGCGCCAAGUUCAGGUUUCCAUCCAAACAUGCCUUCAAGUAUGCCUCCAAAUACUGCUUCCUGGCAAUCGAGGCAUCCCCCACAGCACCCUCCUCUAUCGAUCCCUCUCCAUGCGCCACACCAUCAACCAUCUCAACCUUCUCCACAAGAUUUUUCUAUCCCAACAUCAAGACAAGGCCCUGGAAAAAGCCCAGUCCCUAUUCCGUCUCCUAAUAACCUGGUAUCCAAUACUCAAUUGCAUUCUCCAAGCUUUCAAAGUCGUCCGCACCACGGACCACUUCCCCCCAAUGCAGGGUCUAUGGGGCAGCCAGUCUCAUCUACUUCACCUACCAUCAUUGCUCCUCCGAACACAGGACCAAGCCCAUUUCCUAUUGCCUAUAAUCCAUAUCCUAUUGGCCAACAUAUGCAGCCUCCGUAUACAUACGGUCAGCCAGCAUUGUACCCUCCCCGCAUCCCUACCCUGUCGAUACCAGCAAUGCCCUUUCCCUCCCAGCUCAUUUCUAAACCUGAGCAACAGCAGGCAUCGCCCGUAAAACAAGGGUCUAGUGCUGCGUCUUCGCCGACUAUCCGCAAACCGUCUUCGUUCUCGCCUCCAAAGAGCGAUGGCCGUCCUAUGCCUGCCCAGCCAGUCAUGAUGCCAGAGGCAGUACCUACUCUUGUUCAUUACUUCUCGGACUUCGCGAUACCUCCGGCCAGGCUAACAUAUAACCGCUCUUCAUUCAAAUGGCAGUUUUCGGUGUCGCGUGAAAUGCUUGGGAAACGUCCACGCUUAGCUCCGCAACAAGAUAGCCGCACAUUGGUGCCUUACUUCUCCGAUAACAAUGUGUCCUAUCGCCUUCGCUGUAUCAAGUAUGAAGGUCAAGUCGAUGUCGAUUCAUUGGCAGCCUGGUCUCGAGCCGAGAGUUCCUGGCCUGAUGUCGUCUAUAUACAUGUUAAUAGCAAGGAGUUACACCGGCCACACAAUUCCAAAAACCUGCCACUAGAUAUCAAUCGGUUUUUAACCGAGGGCACCAAUGAGAUCAGAUUGAAUGUCUUACGCAAUACCCAGCAACGGACAAGAAACCUUUCCUACGCCAUCGCCGUGGAAGUUUUGAAGUUUAAAAGCACAAGGAGCUUCAGAAAUAGUGUUAAGAAUUUACCAUCUCAAAAUUCGCGCCAACAAAUACAAAACCGACUAGCUGUGAGCAAUGAUGACGAGGACUUGGUAAUUAUGGAUAAUUUCAUCUCCAUUGACUUGAGGGAUCCCUUCACAACGCGCAUAUUUGAUACCCCAGUUCGAGGGUCGGCUUGUACUCAUAGGGAGUGUUUUGAUCUCUCUACUUUCUUGCAAACGAUCACUUUCACAUCUUCGUCGAUGGGAAGACGCACUCCGUAUCUAAGGUGUCCUAUUUGUAGGAAAGACGCUCGCCCUCAUAUGCUAAUCAUCGACAAUUUCCUCCUCGAAGUACGAGCUGCUCUUAGUCAAGAGCAGAAAUUGGAAACGGCAAAAGCCAUUCGUGUUAAAUCCGAUGGUUCCUGGGAAGCAGUCUUGGAAACCGACAACGAACCUAGAACUCCAAGCAAGAAGCGGGAUCGAGCUUCCUUCGAAGCCGAUUUGCCUAAGGAUGAAGACAGUCGCGAAGUGAGUCUUUCCCGAAUCCCUGAGGCGCCUGAAGUCAUCGAACUAGACUAG